ACAACAGUGUCUGCAACCAAAACAUCCAAGGCAUCAGUCUCAUGGACAUUGCCCCCAAAGACCCAUCUACACCUCCAAUUCCUCAAUCUCCCUCGCCGCGCGAUCCUUCCAAUCCUCCCUCCACCGCGACAACGGCGGCCUUCCCUCAACCAAAUCCCGCGCAGCCCACAAAAUGCUCUUCCGAUCCAACUCCUCAGUGACCUCAUUAUCCGAACAAAGGAUAUAGAACCGACCAGGCCGUUGGUGCAGCCCUGGACGUUGACGGC